CUGGGCCUAUUGUAAGUCGGCUUUUAAACCGCCUUUAUCGUCCAGCAUCAUUAGUAUUAAAUUUAUAGUGCGUGCUUCUUUUGAAGUUGCCGGUUGCGCCUUGGUUAUCUUUGCUUAAUCUAAAACAAAAAAAAUGGCUAAAUCACACGAUCGCAAAUUCGCAGAUAAAGCGGGUGUUUUUGUUCAAAAUCUUAGCAAGGACAUAGACGAGCGAACAUUACGUGAUAUCUUUUCGGUAUUCGGAACAAUUCGAAGUUGUGAGGUUGUACACCAAAGAAAUAACUCUUCAUGCACGUUUGGGUUUGUUCAUUACCAAAAUGAAAACGCCGUUGAGGGUUGCAUCAUGGCUUUAGAUGGUAUGAUACUUCUGGAUCGUAAAAUUAAAGUUCAACGUGCAGUUACUCGCGAUGAACGUUACAUGCAGAAAUUAGUCUGCAACGUUUUCGUUAAAAAUUUUGGUGAAGAGUUAAAUAAUGACUCUUUGAAAAAACUUUUUGAGCCGUAUGGAUCAAUAGUUAAUCAUCGUGUGGUUACGGAUAAAGCUGGUCGAAGUUGCGGACAUGGAUUCGUAGUUUUUGCCAACUCUGCUUCAGCAGAAAAAGCUAUUCAGGCCCUUCACGGACGAAUUUUACAAUGUGGAAAAAAGCUGGAAGUUGGAUGCGCCUUGAAAAAGGGCAAUCAGUCAGAUACGAAGCAAUUGAGCCAAUCAGAUACAAAGCAACUACGCCAAUCAGACACAGAGCAAUUAAACACAAAGCAACCAGAAAAACGUUUGGACAAUUCCUCUAUGCAUUCUGGUUAUAAUUUGUACAUUAAUAAUCUUGAAAAAUCGAUUGAUAAUUCGGGUCUUCUCCAAAUGUUUCAACAAUUUGGAAAGAUUUCUUCAGUCAGAGUUAUACAGAACGCUGACGGGUCCUCAAAAGGUUUUGGAUUCGUUUGUCUGAUGUCAAAAGAAGAAGCCUUCAAAGCUAUUUCAAAAAUGAACGGUAAGCAAGAAGGUACAAAAAAGCUUGAAGUCUCACUGGCCCAUUGUAAAAGAGAUCGCAAAAAUAAGGAAGAUGUAAAACAAUUGCAGCCGCAUAGCUUGUAUUCAUUACCUUCGUCGGCAACUGAACUAACGAAACAAAAAGAUACAACGCAGCUUCCAACAAAACGUGGAAAUGUUCCAGGAUCCGCAGCUGCCUAAAUUAUUGUCGUAUGAUUGUUUUUGUUGUUUGCGUUACUUCUUGCUUGAAUAAAAUACUUUCAUGUUUCU